AUGUCAGAUUCCAACAUGACUGACUUCAAGAACCCCUCCACCUUCAUCCUUCUGGGCAUUCCUGGCCUGAAGGCAUCCCAUGUCUGGAUCUCCAUCCCCUUCUGCACUAUGUAUGCCAUAACUUUCUUGGGGAACAUCAUUAUCCUGUUCAUUGUGAAGAUGGAGCCGAGCCUCCAUGGGCCCAUGUACUAUUUCCUCUGUAUGUUGGCAGUCACGGACCUGGUCCUUUCUACAUCCAUUGUGCCCAAAACGCUGAGCAUCUUCUGGUUCAAUUCAAGGGAGAUUGAUUUCAGUGCCUGCCUCAUCCAGAUGUACUUCAUUCACUGCUUCUCAGUGAUGGGGUCUGGGAUCUUCGUGGCCAUGGCUUUGGAUCGCUACGUGGCCAUCUGCCAUCCCCUGAGACAUUCCACCAUCCUGACAAACCCCGUGGUGGCCAAGAUUGGUCUGGCCGUGGUGCUGCGUGGUGGCAUGCUCGUAAUGCCCCAUCCCUUGCUGGCAAGGCGGUGGCCAUAUUGUAGAACCAACAUCAUCCUGCACUCGUACUGUGAGCACAUAGCCGUGGUGAAGCUGGCCUGCGCCGACAUCAGCGUCAGUAGUUACUAUGGACUCUCUGUGGCAUUCUUGGUGAUGGGUCUGGAUGUGUUUUCUAUCACUGUGUCCUAUAUCCAGAUCCUCAGGGCUAUCUUCAGCCUCCCCACAAAGGACGCCCGGCUCAAGACUUUUCGGACCUGCGGCUCCCACCUCUGUGUCACUUUAGCCUCUUACAUCCCACCUCUCUUCUCCUUCCUCACGCACCGAUUUGGCCACAACGUGCCCCUGCAUUUCCACAUUCUCAUUGCCAACGUGUACCUCCUGCUGCCCCCCAUGUUAAACCCCAUCAUCUAUGGUGUGAGCACCAAACAGAUCCGGGACAGGCUGCUCCGGCUCUUUACUCAUAAAGGGACCUAA